AUGAGCUCGCAGCGUUAUCAACGGGUCAACGCCCAAGACGACGACGACCAAGCCCCUCCGUCGAUCGCUCUGCAGCCUUCACCAUCCUCUCCACCUCCUUCAUUCCGUUCACGUUCCGCCUCUCCCUCCUCAAGACGCCUUCUCCAUGAUGACCCUUUACACCGACACAGUACAGAUCAGGCCCUCGCUGAUGCCUUCGAUGACAGCGAGUCCGAAGCGGGCGAUGAACCCGAUGACCGACAGCGGCUAAUGCGAGCGCAACCGGGUGCCCCCCCGUCUGCAGCAGAUACCAGCACAUCUACAUCAGCAGAACCAGUAGGAGCGGCGUCAUCUUCCGGUGCAAAUACUGAGUCGCAGGCGGGAUCGAGGGGAGUUCAACGGACUUCGACAUUAUUGCCUUUCUUCGGUGGCACAUCCAGUUCAAAUUCAAAUCGUCGUAUCAAUUCAUCAAAUGAUGGUGUUUUCGCGAAUCUAGCGGCUAAGCCGGAACGGGGGGAGAAAACUGAGGAUUUGCCACCGUCAUAUGAAGAGGCUGCCGCUGAUGCGACGCCACCGUAUUGGGAAACCACUAUUGUGGCACCUGGUAUUUCGUCAGACGAGGUCUACGUGGAUGGGCUGCCGGUCGGCUCGAUUUUCUCGUUCAUAUGGAAUGCCAUGAUCUCCAUGUCGUUCCAACUCGUCGGCUUCCUCCUCACAUACCUGCUACACACAACACAUGCUGCAAAGAACGGAAGCCGGGCUGGCCUCGGUCUCACAUUAGUUCAGUAUGGGUUUUACAUGAAAGGAGGUAGCGAAUCGAGGCCGGAUGGUGGAGGUUCAGACGAGCAUAUCACACCGCCAGACCCUAAUAGCCAUAGUUUUGACCCGAACACGGUGGUCGAAAGUGCAAGUUCAGGAGGCGAUGGAGGUGCCUCAACAAUUUCCACGGGCGAGUGGAUUUCCUAUGUUCUGAUGAUUGUUGGUUGGUUUAUCUUAAUCCGGGCUAUCAGCGACUUCCUCCGGGCUCGACGCCAUGAGCAGCUGGUCUUGCAGAGUCCUGAGCGAGGCCUGCCUGUUCCAAUUAUUGCCGAGAACGAGAGGACCGAGACAGUCGUCUAA